AUGUUCCUGGAUAUAUCACCAAAAAUAUUUUCUACAGCUAAACACGACCACCAACACGAUGAACAACCCUCUCCAAAACAUACUAUGGAUCAAAAGCUUCUAUCUCAUGCUGCUGUCAUUGACAUGUCAAAGGAAUCAAAAUUCCAUAGCUUUACUUUGUAUAUUAUCAGAAAGAUCUCCUUUCCAAGAGUAGAACACUACAGAGUUGAGAGUAGCACCCAUGGUCAAGAGAACAACUUUCUUCUUGCACAAAGGUUGUCUAACAAUCUAACUACUCCACUCAAUCAAUUGACAAUGGUUUGCAAGCUUAACAUGCACACUCAUUAUGAUAACAAGCUUGUAAUUAAUCUCAACAAGUUUGGAUCAUAUUGGUUCUUUGCCUCCCACGUGUACAAUGGGCAUUAUUAA